AUGUCGACUCCUACUCCGGUGACUACAACAAACCAGCAGAGGACUAUGAUGAUGAUAACUGCUGGGAUUUGUGUUCUCACUGGCAUCAUGUUAUACCUGCACUACAAAGAAAUUACGAUAUGCGACUUAAUAGGAGGUUGCUUUGUUAACAAACAGCAAACAGGAAGAAGUAAAAGGCAUCAUGAUAAUAGUGACAGCACGAGUAACGGUUCCUCAUCAUCGCGAAGAAAAACACGAAAGCACAAAAAGAAGAAGAAAAGGAAAAGAAAAGAAGUGCCUUCACCCAUUCCAGAUGAAGAAUCAGGCCCGGUGUCACUUCGAUCUGAUCGCAUAGAAGAACUGGAUGUGGAAAUGCACGAUGCCCACAAUGGAUCGGCCACAACAUCGUCGACUUCUUCUGUUUCCAACAUGCAACACAACGCCAGCACUGGUGUUAAUAGCAGCCCUACCACUCCAAGAAUAUCGACACCAGCUCCACCAUUACGGAAAACUAAAAGAGACACCGACCGUUCAUCAGCGAUGCAGAAACAGUAG